CGAGAGCGUAUCCGAUGUCACUUCCGACAACUUGACAAGUUGAGUCGCGGAAAGUUGACGAGCGAUAUCAUCGAGGAGUUCCUUCACAGCCGACACUUCAUGGCCACGUCGAGGACAAUGGAGAAGUUUAUGCGCGCAAUCGACACAAACGGUGAUGGAGAAAUCGAUGAAGAAGAGUUCAUCGACUUUAUAUUGGCUGACGCCCUCUGA